AUGUUUGCUAGAGCACUUCGAGCUGAAACCCGAAGUCGUGCAAGGGCUGAUUCAAGAAGGGUUCAUAGGACUUCAGAGAAGGUUCAAAAAUGGGAAAAAAAGUGGAUGUCUAUAAAGGAUACCUCGAUGCUAGUUUAUAAAUGGGUCCCUGUAAUUGAGGAUGAUCACCCACAGCCAAAGAAAAGUGGCUUUGCCCGAGCUCAAUCUAACGUCCUUGCUCCAACAGGAGGUAGUAUAAUCACAAUGUCCUCCCAUCCUCCGGAACUUCGAACAGAAGAAAAGCCUCUAAGUGACAGCGCUAUUAGCACCGCAGCCGACAAUCAACCAAAACCUGACCAAUCACCGGAUGAGAAUACUAAUGACGCUGAGGUUAAGGAGGAGUCAAACGAUCCAAUUUCAAAUGACGCUCCAGUCGAUCUUACUGCAGCAUAA